GUGGAUGGCGCGGCAGGUGAACGUGCUGGAGCUGGAGGACCGACUUCAGUGCCCCAUUUGCCUGGAGGUCUUCAGGGAACCCCAGAUACUUCAGUGCGGUCACUCCUACUGCAAGGACUGCUUGGUGUCCCUGUCCCACCACAUGGACGCGGAGUUGCGCUGCCCCGUGUGCCGGCAGGCGGUGGACGGAAGCAGCUCCCCACCCAACGUUUCCCUGGCUCUGGUAAUCGAAGCCCUGCGGCUUCCCAGGGACCUGGAGCCUCAGGUCUGCGCGCACCACCGCAACCCGCUCAGCCUCUUCUGCGAGAAGGACCAGGAGCUCAUCUGUGGGCUCUGCGGCCUGCUGGGCUCCCACCAGCACCACCGAGUCACGCCCGUCUCCACCGUGCACAGCCGCAUGAAGGAGGAACUUGCAACUGUCAUCUCCGAGCUGAAGCAGGAGCAGAGGAAGAUGGAUGAGCAUAUCGCCAAGCUGGUGAACAAUAGGACCCGGAUUGUCAAUGAGUCCGAUGUGUUCAGCUGGGUGAUUCGCCGCGAGUUUCAGGAACUGCACCACCUGGUGGACGAAGAGAAGGCCCGCUGCCUGGAGGGGGUAGAAGGCCACACCCGAGGCCUGGUGGCCUCCCUGGACAUGCAACUGGAGCAGGCCCAGGGGACUCGGGAGCGGCUGGUCCGGGCCGAGCAUGUGCUGGAGCAGUUCAGUGAUGAAAGUCGUCAUGAGUUCAUCCGGAAGUACCACUCCAUGGCCUCCAGAGCAGAACUCCAGCAGAUCCGGCCUUUGGAAGGUGCGUUCAGCCCCAUCUCCUUCAAGCCAGCCCUCCACCAGGCUGACAUCAAGCUGACUGUGUGGAAAAGGCUCUUCCGAAAAGUUCUGCCAGCUCCGGAGCCUCUCAAACUGGACCCUGCCACGGCCCAUCCGCUCCUGGAACUCUCCAAAGGCAACACGGUAGUGCAGUGUGGGCUCCUGGCUCAGCGGUGUGCCAGCCAGCCCGAGCGCUUCGACUACAGCACGUGCGUCCUGACCAGCCGGGGCUUCUCCUGCGGCCGUCACUACUGGGAGGUGGCCGUAGGCAGCAAGAGUGACUGGCGCCUGGGGGUCAUCAAAGGCACCACCAGCCGCAAGGGCAAACUGAACAAGUCCCCAGAGCAUGGUGUGUGGCUGAUCGGCCUGAAGGAGGGUCGGGUGUACGAGGCCUUCAGCUGCCCGCGGGUGCUCCUGCCCACGGCGGGCCGUCCCCACCGCAUUGGUGUCUACCUGCACUAUGAGCAGGGGGAGCUCACCUUCUUCGACGCUGACCGACCUGAUGACCUGCGGCCACUCUACACAUUCCAGGCUGACUUCCAAGGCAAGCUUUACCCCAUCCUAGACACCUGCUGGCACGAGCGGGGCAGCAACUCCCUGCCCAUGGUGUUGUCCCCUCCCAGUGGGCCUGGCCACCUGCCUCUCCCACAGCCCACCAAGAUGUAAGGUUGCCGGUGGUCCUGCUUGCAAACAGGCCCACCAGCAGGAGCUGCAGGGGACUUG